AUGGCUCCGGCAGCGAGCGUCGAAAUCGGCGGUGUGAGGGCCUUGCGGCUCUUGGCAGGCCUGUCCGUCUUGUGCUGUUGUGCGUCGGUGUUCUGGGCCGGUCAGCCACCGUCCGAGUGGAACUGCCUCAACUGCUUCAUCUGGCUUUCGGGGCUGUCUGGUUGGCCCGUGUGGUGCAGGCGCAGUGCGGGCGGCCACCAGUUCGUGAUGACGACGACGAUACGACGACCAACGGAGAUGCUGCUGCUUGCUGCCUUGCCGGUUCCAUCGGCUCCCUCCAUCCAGCAGCUCUCUUGCAAUAACACGACGGCGGCGUUCGCGCGGAGGUGUCGGGCCCAGGCUGGCCGGCCCGUCCCGGACGUCGGAUUUAGCUUGUACGCCCGUGCUGCCGUGCGACUGUGCUGCGCCGGACGACGUGGCUUCGGGAGUCGCAGCCUAGAAAGUCAAAAAGCGAAUGAGAGGCUGUCGAGGCCUCGAACUGCCGCCCGUGCCAUGACCCGCCGCGGCCGCGUCGCCCCCCCGGGGGAGGCAGCCCUCCAUGAGCCAAGCCAAGGCAUUGGUGAUGGCGAGUGGCUUUGGGCUGCGGCUGCGGCCACUUUCCAAACUGAGACUCGGGACGAAGGGUUGGGCUGGAUCUGA